CAAAGAUCGUGCAGCACCGAUAAGGCAGUUACCGUUACGGUAACCAACGACAAAUGUCAAAAAGUGACAGGAAAACGACGAAUUGUGUUUAUGUGCCAAAAAAUGUUCUAACAAUAACAGAAAAAUGAGCGACAAGAACAGAAAUUACACGAACGGAGCGAUGGAGAAGAUAAUCGGGAAUAUAACCGGGGAAAUGCAAAAUUCCGACGGCCAAUAUGUACCACUAGCUUUUACACCUCCACCGACGACGCAAAUGAAUUGGAAUCAACCCCAAAAUUCGUAUAUCAACCAUUAUAACAUAAAUGAACCUCCUCGCCCUGCCAUGGACCAUUAUAACGCAAACUUUUACGCUAAUCAGAGUUUGUACGAACCUUCUCCAUUUCAAGAUUUUGAAGCUUACAAGCCGAGUAAUCCAGAUCUCAAUUUACUUGAUAGGUUAUUUACACCCAGUGUUCAACAUAUACCUGAUAAUUUAAUGCAGAAUCAGCCAGUAGAAACCUCGCAUACAUUAAUUGAUAACCUUGUUGGUAAUUGGGUUAUGCCGAACAAUUCAGGUACAUAUACGCCAUUUGGAACUGAUACAUUUAAACCUAAUGUAUUUGAAAUUCACUAUGAUAGAGAUAAUAAUAGUAGUAAGAAAAAUCAUCAAUUUUAUGAAGAUACAAGGAUUAUCGAUGAAGAGAAGCAGUUUCCUUUUGGGAGAGAUCCUCGUAAACCUAGAAUGGUUGCAGAGGUUAAACCUAUGAGACCCAGUUACUCUGAUGUUUUAACAAAACCUGUACCUACAACACAAACAAACACUAAACCAGUUAAAAAUGACGUUAAUAAAGAACAAAAACCCAAAAAGGACAACAAAAAACAAAAAUCUGAUAAAAUACAAAAAAAUAUUAAUCGCAGUAAUAUAACAAUGGAAAAUAGGGAUUUAAACACCCAAAAACCAGAAAAAAUAUUUAAAAACACCGCUAAAAACCAGCUACCAAGAAAAUGGGCUUCUCUGGACAACAUUUCAGAAAAACCUGAGGAAAAAAAGAAGAAAUCAGAAAUAACUAAUAAACCAAAUAAAAAAAUCAACAAAACUGUGAAUGAUAUUGAGGAUAGUGAUCAGUCGGAUACUCUGAAAACUGAAACUUUCAGUACAAGCAAAAAUGGGGUUAAAAAAAUUACUAAGCCCAUUGGGAGAAAUAAGCCCAAUGAUUCUUUUGGGAGUAACAAUGAGAGACCCCCUGGUAAAAGGAAUCAGAGGACUAGAAAAAGGGAAACACAUGUUCCAUUUGGCGUAUUUGGUCAAAAACUGAAGCAAUACACCAAAGGUUGGUGGAAAUUGAUCACCGUUUUCGUUUUAUGGCUUUUUAACUUGAUCUCGGACAUUUGCAGUUUAAGUAUACACAUCAGCAAAGACCUCGCUUUCAUUACCUGGACAUGGCUGCGCGUGCAUUGUUCGCUAUUCCUGGAAACUACAAAUUCCAUAUUCAAAAACAUACGAUUGUUCAAUUGGAUACGGGAUAAGUUCAAAGGAAGAAAAAGGGUCGAGGAGGAAGAUGAGCAAAGACCUUUUACACCUAAAGGACUGCAGAACAAUAUAAACAUGCCUACAACAGGCGAUGAAGCCAUGAGAAGACUUUUGGCUUGCAAAGGAAAGGAUCCUUACAGCAUUUUGGGGGUGGCCCCCGCAUGUACUGAUGAUGACAUAAAACGUUACUACAAGAGACAAGCAUUUUUAGUCCACCCAGAUAAAAAUCCAUUACCCGGUGCAGAAGAAGCUUUCAAAAUCCUAGUUCACGCAUUUGAUAUGAUUUGUGAACCUGAAAGAAGGGCGGCCUAUGAUAGAGGGGUUGUAGAGUCAGCCCAGGUGGUACAAGCGUGGAGCGAGCUAAACGAUCUCUUGCAGCAGCUUCAGCAGAAGGUGGAAGCUGCCGCGAACACGAUACGGUGCAGCGCGUGCGGCUUCCGGCACAAGCGGAUAAAGGUGGAGCGACCCAGCUACGCGGCGCGCAACUGCAACACGUGCAAAAUCCACCACGCGGCCCGCGAGGGCGACAUCUGGGCGGAGGCGCGCGUCAUGGGCUUCCUCUGGCACUACUUCGCGUGCAUGGAGGGCAACGUCUACGACAUAACGGAGUGGGCCGGGUGCCAGAAGGAGAGCUUGAAGCAUCUAAGGCCGGAUUCGCACCACGUGCAGUACCGCAUCGCGUUGGGGAAGCAGUCGCAGCCGCCCAGGAGGAACAGCGCCUCGCCCAGGACAGACAGGCCGGAUCUGGAGAACCUACUUAACACCCUGUACGGGCAGCAAAACGAUCUUUCUUCCCAAGGAACACGACGCAGGAAUAAGAAAGCGAACAAAUGAGUUUCUGGACUUUAGACGACUUUUUUUCGAUUUUAUUAAUCAGUUUAUGCUACCAUAUGUAAUUAUGCGCUUAAUAAAUGUUUCCAUCAGA